GGCGAAGGGGAAGGAACGGCGGAAAAUGUCUCCCUGAAGCCGUCCCGGGGCUCCCCGACCACCUUUGGUCUCGAUGUGACAACGAUGCUGAUAACGCUGUGUUAUGUCUACCUCUGGGUGCGCUUCCAGAAGUGCUACACGGUGGUCAUCCGCAGCGCCGUGCGCCGCCUAUACGGGAGCCGCGCAGGCUUCGCCUUCUGCACUGUGAGACCAGCGACUCUUCCGGGGGGGCGCUCACCUGGCGAGCGAAGUUUUACUAAGCAAUUGAGCCGCGCGGCGCCCGAAGAACGCCUUCUGCUCAAAGUGGGCGACAAAGUGGUGUAUAUAACCGAGCCGCAGGCGUGUGACGACUUCAGCACGUGGAGUCUCAUGUUAGGGCCCUCUCUGUCGCAGGGUCCAAAGACAGACAGCAUUGCUUUUGUCAUAGAGGCCGCCGCAGAACAAGGAGCGGGAUUAAAGGCGCUUUCCGCAAAGGGAAAUGUGCUGAAGUGGUCAGAUUACUGCCUUCCCUUGGCCUGCAGCCCCGGGCGGCCAUUCAGGGUGGUGGCGGAAGCCAGCGUGGACAAUUUCAGUCGCCUAGGAGUGGCGUUUAUGGAAGAUCGGUUGUGGCUGGACAAUGGACUCGUGCCGGAGAAAAUAGUCUCUGUCCUGCUCAGGGAAUCCACACUCAAAGCAUUUGCUGGACGCUCUGUACUGAUCAGAGGAGCCCAGGCUGAGACCAGGUCACUGGAAUUGCAGGAACCGCCAGAGGACAGAUCACUGUUUCAGUCCCCGUGCCGCGCGUCCGAGGAAGGUACGGGGGCGGCGAUUGGCAGCGCGUCCGGGCAGGACCGCGGGUGCCCCCCUGCGGAUGCCGCCGCCGCGGACGCUGGCCUGGACGGCCGCCGCAGGAUGGGGGCCGGGGAGCAGCAUGCGGAAGGCUGCCACCUCCACCUGUCCAGCUGCCACGAGUGCCUGGAGUUGGAGAGCAGCACCAUCCUCUCGGUGAAGUUUGCAUCGAUGGAGAACAUUCCGGACCUCCCUGACGACUACGAGGGCGGCCGGGGGGAGUCUGGUGGGAGGAGCGUUCCCGGCCAGGGCAGGAGGUUCAACCAGAAGCCUCCCAAUGUGCUGGUGUACACAGGGGGCUGCCAGGAGAGGUUCAAGCAUGUGCACGCUCUCCUGGCCGAGUGCAUCAACACCGACAGCUACGUGCUAUACCCCCUGCGACCACAGCAGGUCCUCAGCGAGCCAUGGCUGGACAGUACCCUCCUGCUGGUGCUGGCCGAGGAGGAGCCCCUCACGGCCCAACACCAUGAACGUUUCCUGGCCUACCUGGAGCGGGGUGGGAAGCUCCUGGGGCUGUGCUCCUCCUUCUGCGCGGCUGGCCUGUCGCUCGCCCCUGGGCCCGACCGGAGAAACGGCGUGUGCCAACUGGUCUUCACCAGGGCCGACUGCACCGAGGUGGAGCUGAGUGCCCUGGCCAGCGGCCACGUGUUCGUGCGUGGAGACAGCCCCGCGGAGAUGUGGGGGGAGCUGCGGGGGGGCAGUGGAGGCAUGGCGGUCGUCAGGAUGACGCACGGCGACAAUGGUGGCGAGGCCGUGCUGUGCCAGGUGCACCUGGAGGCGGCGCCGGACUCCCACGAUGUCACGAGCCCACAGGACUUUGACGAGCUGAAGGCAAGCAACGCACUUCGCUACGAGGUGCUGUCUGAGAUCCUGAGCUGCCUGGGGCUGAGCUGCGAGCGGAGCCAUGUGCCGCCACCCAGCCCCAUCUACGUCCUCUCCUCGUCUGAGGUAGGACCCACUGCCCUCACACCUGCCUUUAAAUAGCUGUCCUUUGCUACUGCCUGACUGUUAAUGUUACGGCUGUCGUCAUUGUCACUUUUAAACAGAGGUGACAGUAAAGAUUACAUUUCAGUAAAACUUUAAAAUGCCUUACGUUAUGCAGAUUAUUAGACUAUAUACUUGGAACUGAUCACAGACAAAUUGAUGAGCAAGAAUUAAUUAAAAUGAUUAAUUAAAUACUGAUCGAUUUGUGUGUUUAACACAUGCAUGAUAACAUGUG